GGGAGCGCGCGCAGAGGAGGGGGGAGGGGGAACGCGUGCGCGCGCGCCUCCCUCGCACACGGCGGCGGUGGCUCCUUUGUUCCCCCCCGGCACGAGCCCGCGCGCUGCCCCCGUUGCCCCGGCAGGGAUGCACCGUGCGAGCGGCUCCUGCGGCGCCGGGCGCGCACUGGAUUAAAACUGGUAAUCCUGAAACCUCAGUCGCCCCCUUCUCACCACACUGACACUGUGCUGUGAGCUAGUGGAGACCUCAAUGUGCAUAGGACCUUCCUUUGAGUAGCUCCAUUGAAGAUGUCUACUCCAGAUCCUCCAAUGGGAGGGACGCCUCGCCCUGGCCCUUCUCCUGGGCCUGGGCCAUCACCUGGUGCAAUGUUAGGCCCCAGUCCUGGACCUUCACCUGGCUCUGCACAUAGUAUGAUGGGACCGAGCCCUGGACCCCCUUCUGCAGGACACCCUAUGCCACCUCAGGGCCCUGGGGGCUAUGCUCAGGACAACAUGCAUCAGAUGCACAAGCCAAUGGAUUCCAUGCAUGAGAAGGGGCUGUCGGACGAUCCUCGUUACAGCCAAAUGAAGGGGAUGGGAAUGAGGCCUGGUGGACACGCAGGAAUGGGCCCUCCUCCAAGCCCAAUGGAUCAGCACUCCCAAGGUUACCCUUCUCCCCUGGGUGGUUCGGAGCACGCGUCGAGCCCAGUCCCAGCGAACGGUCCAUCCUCUGGCCCACAGAUGUCCUCCGGUCCUGGAGGAGUCCCAUUGGAUGGUACUGACCCACAAGCAUUAGGGCAACAAAAUCGGGGCCCAACCCCUUUUAACCAGAACCAGCUGCACCAGUUAAGAGCUCAGAUUAUGGCCUACAAGAUGCUGGCUAGAGGACAGCCCCUACCCGAUCACCUCCAAAUGGCAGUGCAGGGAAAAAGACCAAUGCCUGGAAUGCAGCAGCAAAUGCCGACACUACCUCCACCCUCUGUAUCUGGGACAGGACCAGUGCAAGGACCAGGACCUGGGCCUGGACCCGGACCAACACCUCCCAACUAUAACAGACCUCAUGGUAUAGGAGGGCCUAACAUGCCCCCUCCUGGACCCUCAGGAGUGCCCCCGGGAAUGCCUGGGCAACCGCCUGGUGGGCCCCCAAAGCCCUGGCCUGAAGGACCAAUGGCAAAUGCUGCAGCCCCCACUAGCACACCUCAGAAACUGAUUCCUCCUCAACCAACCGGCCGUCCCUCACCAGCACCCCCAGCAGUACCUCCGGCAGCAUCUCCUGUCAUGCCUCCCCAGACUCAGUCCCCCGGGCAGCCGGCCCAACCUGCCCCCAUGGUACAGCUACAUCAGAAGCAGAACCGGAUCACUCCCAUCCAGAAACCUAGAGGACUCGACCCCGUGGAAAUCUUACAGGAGCGAGAGUACAGAUUGCAGGCUCGGAUUGCUCACAGGAUCCAAGAAUUGGAAAACCUUCCUGGGUCCCUGGCUGGUGACCUGAGAACCAAAGCUACCAUUGAACUUAAAGCACUAAGGCUGCUCAACUUCCAGAGACAGCUGCGUCAGGAAGUGGUGGUGUGCAUGAGGCGGGACACUGCUUUGGAAACUGCCCUCAAUGCCAAGGCCUACAAGCGCAGCAAGCGACAGUCGCUGCGGGAGGCGCGCAUCACGGAGAAACUGGAGAAGCAGCAGAAGAUCGAGCAGGAGCGGAAACGCAGGCAAAAGCACCAGGAAUACCUCAACAGCAUUCUCCAGCAUGCAAAGGAUUUCAAAGAAUACCACCGCUCUGUCACAGGCAAGAUUCAGAAACUUACCAAGGCCGUGGCUACUUACCAUGCCAACACAGAGCGUGAGCAGAAGAAAGAGAAUGAGAGGAUUGAGAAGGAGAGAAUGCGCCGCCUCAUGGCUGAAGAUGAGGAAGGGUACCGCAAGCUGAUUGACCAGAAGAAGGACAAGCGCCUGGCCUACCUGCUUCAACAGACAGACGAGUACGUAGCAAACCUGACGGAACUGGUACGUCAACACAAGGCUGCGCAGGUUGCCAAGGAGAAAAAAAAGAAAAAGAAAAAGAAGAAGGCAGAGAAUGCAGAGGGACAAACGCCGGCAAUUGGACCAGAUGGGGAACCUCUGGAUGAAACCAGCCAGAUGAGUGACCUCCCUGUUAAAGUGAUCCACGUUGAAAGCGGGAAGAUCCUUACUGGCACAGAUGCUCCAAAGGCUGGACAACUGGAUGCAUGGUUAGAGAUGAAUCCAGGAUAUGAAGUAGCUCCAAGAUCUGACAGUGAAGAAAGUGGGUCAGAGGAGGAGGAGGAGGAGGAAGAAGAGGAGCAACCGCAGCCUGCUCAGCCUGCCUUGCCUGUGGUAGAGGAGAAAAAGAAGAUCCCAGAUCCAGACAGCGACGACGUCUCAGAAGUGGAUGCCAGGCACAUUAUCGAGAAUGCAAAGCAAGAUGUUGACGAUGAAUAUGGGGUCUCUCAGGCACUGGCGAGGGGAUUGCAGUCUUACUAUGCUGUGGCCCACGCAGUCACCGAACGGGUGGACAAGCAGUCCACGCUUAUGGUCAACGGUGUACUCAAACAGUACCAGAUCAAAGGUUUGGAGUGGCUCGUGUCCCUGUACAACAACAACCUGAAUGGCAUCCUGGCUGACGAAAUGGGUCUGGGCAAGACGAUUCAGACCAUCGCUUUAAUUACAUACCUCAUGGAACACAAACGGAUCAAUGGACCCUUCCUCAUUAUAGUACCUCUCUCAACUCUGUCAAAUUGGGCGUACGAAUUUGAUAAAUGGGCUCCUUCGGUGGUGAAGGUCUCAUACAAGGGCUCUCCCGCAGCAAGACGAGCAUUUGUACCUCAGCUUCGAAGCGGAAAAUUUAACGUCUUGCUCACUACGUACGAAUACAUCAUCAAAGAUAAGCACAUUCUUGCCAAGAUCCGUUGGAAAUACAUGAUUGUGGAUGAAGGCCACAGAAUGAAGAACCACCACUGUAAGCUAACCCAGGUCCUGAACACACACUACGUGGCACCCCGGCGCUUGCUCCUCACCGGAACUCCACUGCAAAAUAAGCUGCCAGAGCUGUGGGCUCUGCUCAAUUUCCUGCUUCCCACCAUCUUCAAGAGCUGCAGCACAUUUGAGCAGUGGUUUAAUGCUCCCUUUGCCAUGACGGGAGAAAAGGUGGAUUUGAACGAAGAAGAAACCAUCCUGAUUAUCCGUCGCUUACACAAAGUGCUGCGUCCCUUCCUGCUGAGAAGGCUGAAGAAGGAAGUAGAAGCACAGCUGCCAGAGAAGGUGGAGUACGUGAUCAAGUGCGACAUGUCGGCGCUGCAGCGGGUCCUGUAUAGACACAUGCAGGCCAAAGGAGUGCUGCUCACAGAUGGGUCGGAGAAGGAUAAAAAGGGCAAAGGCGGUACAAAAACACUGAUGAACACAAUCAUGCAGCUGAGGAAGAUCUGCAACCAUCCAUACAUGUUUCAGCACAUAGAGGAAUCCUUCUCGGAGCAUUUAGGCUUUACUGGAGGUAUAGUGCAGGGACUAGAUCUGUACCGAGCCUCUGGCAAAUUUGAGCUCCUAGAUCGAAUUCUUCCCAAACUACGAGCCACCAACCACAAGGUGCUGCUGUUUUGUCAAAUGACGUCCCUCAUGACCAUCAUGGAAGAUUACUUUGCUUACCGUGGCUUCAAAUACCUCAGGUUGGAUGGAACCACUAAAGCGGAAGACAGGGGCAUGCUGCUGAAGACCUUCAACGAGCCAGGCUCAGAGUAUUUCAUUUUCCUUCUGAGCACCCGGGCAGGCGGGCUGGGCCUGAAUCUCCAGUCUGCUGAUACUGUGAUUAUUUUUGAUAGUGACUGGAACCCACACCAGGACCUCCAGGCUCAGGACCGUGCCCACCGCAUUGGGCAGCAGAACGAAGUGCGUGUGCUCCGCCUCUGCACCGUCAACAGCGUGGAGGAGAAGAUCCUAGCAGCAGCCAAGUACAAGCUGAAUGUCGACCAGAAAGUCAUCCAGGCUGGCAUGUUUGACCAGAAAUCCUCCAGCCACGAGCGCCGGGCUUUCCUGCAGGCCAUCCUGGAGCAUGAGGAGCAGGAUGAGAACAGAUACAGCGCGGGCAGCGGCAGUGGCAGUGCAAGCUUCCCUCACACUGCCUCCACCCUGUGCCUGAACGCUGAGUUGGAGGAACCACCUGUAAAGGAAGAAGAUGAGGUUCCUGAUGAUGAAACAGUCAACCAGAUGAUUGCCCGCCACGAAGAGGAAUUCGACCUUUUCAUGCGCAUGGACCUGGACCGCAGGCGGGAGGAGGCGCGGAACCCCAAGCGGAAGCCGCGUCUGAUGGAGGAGGACGAGCUGCCAUCAUGGAUCAUCAAGGAUGAUGCGGAGGUGGAGCGCCUAACUUGCGAGGAGGAGGAGGAGAAGAUGUUCGGACGCGGCUCACGCCACCGGAAAGAGGUGGACUACAGCGACUCGCUGACUGAGAAGCAGUGGCUCAAGGUAUACAUGGCAAUUGAGGAAGGCACCCUGGAGGAAAUCGAGGAAGAGGUGCGUCAGAAGAAGUCCUCCCGCAAACGCAAGCGGGACACAGAUGUCGGCUCAGCCACACCAACUACCAGCACUCGCAGCCGGGACAAGGAUGACGACAGCAAGAAACAGAAGAAGCGUGGACGGCCCCCUGCUGAGAAACUCUCCCCCAACCCACCCAACCUCACCAAGAAGAUGAAGAAGAUUGUGGAUGCUGUGAUCAAAUACAAGGACAGUAGUAGUGGACGCCAGCUCAGCGAAGUUUUCAUCCAGCUACCUUCCCGCAAGGAGCUGCCCGAGUACUAUGAGCUCAUCCGCAAGCCUGUGGAUUUCAAGAAGAUCAAGGAACGCAUCCGCAACCACAAGUACCGCAGCCUGAAUGAUCUGGAGAAGGAUGUCAUGCUACUGUGUCAGAACGCACAAACCUUCAAUCUUGAAGGGUCUCUGAUCUACGAGGACUCCAUAGUGCUGCAAUCCGUCUUCACCAGUGUGCGGCAGAAAAUAGAGAAAGAGGAAGACAGUGAAGGUGAGGACAGUGAGGAGGAGGAGGAAGGAGAAGAGGAAGGAUCUGAAUCAGAGUCUCGAUCUGUCAAGGUGAAGAUCAAACUGGGGCGGAAGGAGAAGGCACAGGACCGGUUGAAGGGGCGCAGGCGUACAAGUCGUGGCUCCCGGGCCAAGCCAGUGGUCAGCGAUGACGACAGCGAGGAGGAGCAGGAGGAGGAUCGCUCAGGAAGUGGCACCGAGGAAGAUUAAGUGGCAUUCCAUGCCCCAGACGAGCGCUGACUGUUCCAAAGUGGAGAUGCUGUAUUCCCUUAGCUCUAACGGGUAGCGACACACGUAGUUCCAGACUCAAGUAAAACUGUAUAAAAACUCUUCCAUAUUUAUACUGCAGAGAGGAUGUAGGACUGUUUGUGUCUUGCCUUGUCCUGGCAUCGGUAGCGUUUGUAACAGCAUUAACUGUUUAAAAGAAUUAUGAAUUGGGGAACACUUGAUAUCUAUUUUUUUUUCUUUCUAUGGCAGUACUGUUUCAGUCGCAGUAUCGAAUCACUGUAGUUUUAAACCGUGGAUGCAUGUGCGUAGCAGUCCACUCCUAGUACUGUAUUUUAUGAAGCAGGUCCAAUCGCCCGCUGCCCGCCAGUUGACGGGAGGGUGGCCGUGGUGACUGUGUGUGUCAAUGUCACUGGAUUUCAAACAGUAAUAAAUUAAACAAAAAAUGGC